AUGAAUUCUUUGAAAUGGAAGGAAUUGUUGUUAGGACGGAACCAGACUUUUGCAAAUGCAGAAGAUUUCAAGAAGAAAGUACAUAAGUUCAGUAUUACAAACAAGUUUGAGUACAAGUAUGUGAAAAAUUGUAGGGAAAAAAUGUAUGUGAAAUGUAGUAUUGAAGGUUGUCCGUGGAGGAUAAGUGCAAGAGUGGGUAGAAAGAGUACUCCCUUUUUACGUGUGGCAACAUUCAUAAAUGAGCAUGUUCAUAAUGCACAAGACAAUCUUCGUGUGGAACAUUGUGGUUCAGCUAGCUUGACAGCAUCAAUCAUCACAGAUGAGGUAAAUGAUCACAUAGACAGGCGUCCAAAUGAUAUAAGGAAGACUUUGGAAAGAGAUUAUGGUGUGAAGUUGACAUAUAAACAAGCAUACAAGGCGAAGCAAAAAGCUUUAGAGGACAUACAUGGCAGGCCUGACCAGUCUUAUAUGCUUAUUCUGUGGAUAUGUGAACGGUUGAAGGAAACAGAUAACAAAACCGUGGCCAAAUGGGUGGGUAAUACUAAUAACACAUUUGAGCGUGCAUUCAUAGCAUAUGGGUGUUGCAUAGAAGGCUUUAUAGCUGGUGCUAGACAUGUACUGUACAUUGAUGGAUGUCAUUUAAGUGGACCGUAUAAGGGGACGUUACUGUCGGUGUCUGCUUAUGAUGCUGACAACGAAUUGUUACCUUUUGCGAUUGCUAUUGUAAAGGGAGAGACACUUGAGGAUUGGACAUGGUUCUUAUAUAUGAUUAAGGAGAUAGUUGGCUCGAUGGAAUUGACAAUUGUGUCAGAUCGACACAAUGCAAUAAUAGGUGCCGUGCAAGCAAUAUUUGGUGGUGAGAGGCAUGCAUACUGUUACAGACAUGUUAAGGAAAACUUCAGUGCACAAAUGAUUAAAUUAAAUAGAGGAAAGAGGAAGACUAGUGGGAAAGCAAGGGAGGAGGGACUGCAAUACCUGGAUGCCAUUGCAUAUGCAAGGCUUGACACCGAGUUUGAUGGUGCAAUGGAUAACAUGAGAAAGUUCAAUCCACAAUUAUUUGAGUGGCUUCUUAAUCAUGGUGAUGUUGAAAGGUGGGCCUUAAGUAAAUUCCCAUUUAAACGGUGGGAUAACAUCACAACAAACCUUGCUGAGUCAUUCAAUGCUUGGAUGUUGAAAGAGAGACGAUAUAAUGUUGCCCAACUUAUACAUGAGCAUCGUGAGAAAGUGGCAAAGAAGAUGUAUGCAGCAAGCAUAGCAAUGAGUCAUUGGAAAAAUGGUGUAGGCCCAAACAUAGAUGCAAAAUUGGUGGACAAUGUUGCUAGAUCAGCAUGCAUGUUGAGUGUACCUUAUGAAGGAGGUAGGGUGUGUGUCCAUACAGCAAAAAGAGCUGUACAUGUUGAUCUUGGUCUAGGUGAAUGCACCUGUGCAGCUUAG